CGAGGUAGUACUUUCGCCUGCUAGUCUGUUUUAGUUCGAGCGUGAACGCGUAGCCGUUUGUUUGCGACAGUGUUGUGAGGUGUCGGUCAGUUCGUUUUCUUCUUUUUUUUUUGUUUCCGUUUUCUUGUCGGUCGAUUUUGCCGCUAUCUUUGUGUAGGUAUACAAGUGCAGGUAUUUAGACAAUCUAAAAUAUAUAAAAAAGUGCAUCGAUCUAACUAGUGCAUCUUGCCAAUAGUAUAAUUAGUUAAUAUAUUAAAAUGAAGAACAAAAAUAAAACGAAAAGUGACGGUAAAGUAGCCACGGCGCAACUGAUAUUGUCCGAGCAAAACAAUCAAAUUUUGAGUAGCAAACCACCGCUUGACAAGAAGGCCGUUAAAGAGAAGGAGGCAGCUGAAAAGAAAUUUAAAAAGGGUAAAACAUUGUGUCAGGCGUGCAACAAGAAGUGCUCCGGUGAAGUGCUUCGCGUACAAGAUAAAUAUUUCCACACCCAAUGCUUUAAAUGCAAAGCUUGCGGAAAUUCGUUGGCGCAGGGGGGAUUCUUUCAAAAGGAUGGUGCCUAUUUUUGCACAGCCGAUUAUCAAAGGAACUUUGGUACAAAAUGUGCAGCUUGCCAAGAUUACGUAGAAGGAGAGGUUGUGACUGCAUUAGGUAAAACUUAUCAUCAGAAAUGCUUUACGUGCAACAGAUGUCGACAGCCGUUUCCUUCCGGUGAAAAAGUAACGUACACGGGUAAAGAAGUGCUCUGUCAUAAAUGUGUAAAUAUACCAGUGAGAAAUACGGCCACGCCAACCGGCAGUCCUACCACCGGCAAUCCUAAUGAAUGUGCUGGUUGUCACGAAGAAUUAAAAGAAGGUCAAGCAUUGGUGGCUUUGGACAGGCAGUGGCAUAUUUGGUGUUUCAAAUGCGGUACUUGUGGAGUGGUGCUUCAUGGCGAAUAUAUGGGCCGCGACGGCCUUCCGUAUUGCGAGAAAGAUUACCAGAGACAGUUUGGGGUCAAGUGUGCUUACUGUAAUCGCUAUAUUAGCGGGAAAGUUCUGCAGGCGGGUGAUAACCAUCAUUUUCACCCUACUUGCGCUAGGUGUACGAAAUGCGGUGAUCCUUUUGGUGAUGGGGAAGAAAUGUACCUUCAGGGGGGUGCAAUUUGGCAUCCCCGUUGUGGACCUGGUCCCACCGAAAAUGGACAAAUAUUAAACGGAGGUGGCGAAAACGGUCACCUUACAGACGUGGAAUCCCGAGGAGGUGAUAUUUCCGGCAGGGAAUUCGACAGGAUGAGCAGUUCUGGUAUAAGCGAAAUGCAAUUUUCAAUGCGUUCUCGUACCCCUAGCUUGAAUGGUUCAUUAUACAGUCCCACAAGCAUGACUAGAAAGCAUUACACGUAUAGAACUCCCUCUCCUGGUUUAAUAUUGAGAGAUUACAAGUCGCAUACUCUCGAUGGUGAUAUCUCUCGCAUUUACACGUAUAGUUAUUUGACCGAAGAACCAACCCUAGGAUAUUUAAGAAGACCAAUCCAUCCGUACGAUAAGGCCCCAGUUUCUCCUCAUUUUCAUAGGCCUACAUCUCAAAAUUCGUUGAGAAGUAGUGGAAAACACAAGCACGGUUCAAAGUCUGCUAUGAAGGUGCUAGUCGAUUCGAUUAGAAGCGAAACGCCUCGUCCCAAAUCACCUCAUAUGAACAAUGAGGAACCAAUAGAACUUGCCCAUUAUCCAGGUGCUAAACCACCAAAACCUGGCGAACCGCCCAAAAUUGAACGGGACGAUUUUCCCGCACCACCUUAUCCUUAUACUGAUCCAGAGCGAAGGAAAAGAUGGUCGGAUUCUUAUAAGGGCGUGUCUAAUUCUGACGAUGAGGAUGAGGUAGACGAGGCCACUGCUAAACAGUUACACGACGAAAGAUUGAAGAAAGAAGAAGAGGAACUGAGCAAGAUUGCGUCUGGAAUUGGAAAAGUUUUUCUGAAGAAUGUGAAAGAAAGAGAAAAGUUCAAACAGUGGAAAGCGGCUCAUUUGGAUCCAAGAAAUGCGUCAAGAACGCCGUCUGCUAAUAAGGAGCCUCCUCACAAACUCCGAUAUGAUUCACCAAUUGGUGCUAGUCCUUCUAGAAACCUAGAUCACCCCAAACCGUUUGACGAUGAUGAUUUCGAUAGAUCUUACAGCUGUAGGUCAUCUGUGGGAAGGUCGGUAGGAGCCAUACCAAAUUAUAACGUUGUCAGUGCAUUACGUCAUGUUCCUAAGCCGGGCUAUGGUCUGGCCCCUCGCUCUAAUACCUUCAGUUCUUCGGCCGUUAGUUAUCCGCACAUUACAGCGGAUUAUUCGUUUAGUCAUAGUGGAAUGGGUGUAAAAACGCACAGUACAGAUUUUAGCAGUGGAAAGUCGGACAUUUCAAUGGGUUCCAUAACAGAUGUCGAGAGAAGGGCUCUGCACGCGGAAAUGCCAGUGUCGUCCACAUAUACGGGAGGCCUGGGGACGUACCGGGGAGGGUACGUGUCACAAGUGCGACGAUCUCUCCCAAACAUGGCCCACACAAUGUUGAUCAACGAGCCGGCCAAAAUUUACCCCUACCAUCUUCUACUCGUAACUAACUAUCGGUUACCAGCCGAUGUCGACAGGUGCAAUUUAGAGCGGCAUUUGUCAGACAAAGAGUUUGAAGAUUUAUUCCAAUGUACAAGGGCUGAAUUUUAUAGGAUACCGCAGUGGCGUAGGAACGAAAUGAAACGAAGGAUUCGUUUAUUCUAAGGUCGAUGUUUGUAUGAUUUUUGAGUAUUAACGAAACAAACAAAAAACAGUAACGAAUUGGAAGCUAAGUAUAUGCACGGCAGCGAAACGUUUGAAUUUUUAAACUACUGAGCAGCAGCUUGAGCAGCUUUUAUUUUUCACUAGAAGUUUUUCACUAAGAAAAAAGAAUAUAUAUGACAUGCAUAUGUUUAUUGUUCCUUGUAAAAUAUAAGUCUAUUGCAGGCCAAAAGUGAUUUUUUUGUCCACAUGCAAUAAAUGCGAACCUAUAUUAGUUAUUGCCAAGUUGAUUAUUGUUUAUAUAGCUUGUACGUAUAUAUUAAAUGAUAUUUAUUUUAUUUAUUGCUCCAGAAGAUGUUGCUGUUGCUUUUGGCUUGUUAAUAGGAUUACAUUGAAACUUAUUCUUUGUAGCAUAAUAAUUGUUGGAGUGCUUGACCAUUUUGUGUCGUAAUGUUUUUUUCUUCAAUUUUUGUUUUAAUCAGUUUGUAAAAUUCGCAGUCGUUUGAUGAUUUAUUUUCCUUUAUUCAAGAUUAUUAAUUUCUAAGUUAAUAUUGUCGUAAAAAAAAUAUUGGGCAAAUAGUAUUUUUUUGUCAAAUGCCCUGUACAUAGUAAAAUAGUUUUGAUGAUAUUGAACGUGAUAUUAUCUAUUUUCUUGCAAAAAAACAUUCGCCAUUUCUGUUUUUUUUUUAACGACACAUCACAAUUGAAUUCAUCUGUCUUUUAUAAAUUAAAUGAUAUAAUACUACACCGUGAAAAAGUGGUUAUGUAUUUCUUUUUGUCCAUGGGCAAAUAUAAAUAAAACUAUUUAAAUUUAGGGUAAAAAGGCCUUCAACUAUUCUAAUUUAUUUUUCUAAAGGUGUCUAGAGUGCUUCGCUUGGGCUAGUCGAAAAAGUAGUAUUUUUUUUCUAUUCUACCACGAUAAUCGUAUCUACUAAAUGUUUUUUUUUUUCCCUACUUGUUUUCGAUUAUUAUUAUUAUUACAACUUUUGUGUAUGUAAUUCAA